ACGGUAUAAUAAAAGGCGGGCGGGCGGGCGCGGGUCGCUCAUUUGCUUCUGUGGUGCGGGCGGCGUCUGUUCGGUCGGUCGGUAAUUUUAUAAUCAAAAUGGUGGAAGCAGAUCGUCCUGGGAAGCUGUUCAUCGGUGGACUAAAUACCGAAACCAAUGAAAAGGCACUUGAGUCAGUGUUUGGAAAAUAUGGCAGAAUAGUAGAAGUUCUUCUAAUGAAAGAUCGAGAAACAAACAAAUCGAGGGGGUUUGCUUUUGUUACAUUUGAAAGCCCAGCAGAUGCCAGAGAUGCUGCCAGGGAUAUGAAUGGGAAGUCCUUGGAUGGAAAGCCUAUUAAAGUAGAGCAAGCUACUAAACCAGCAUUUGAAAAUAGUGGACGCCGUGGACCACCCCCACUCCCAAGAAGCCGUGGUCCUCCUAGGGGGAUUCGAGGUGGAAGAGGCAGUAGUGGAGGAAUGAGAGGGCCACCUCCAAAAGAAGGCUCAUCCAGAGGACCACCAAUGAAAAGGGGGCCCCCAGAGCGAAAUGAAGGGCCCCCACCACCUAAAAGACCUGUUCCCUCAGGAUUAAUGCGAAUGGGCGGAAGAGGCUCAAGAGGACCUCCCUCGCGUGAAAGAGACAGUUACGGUUCACCUCCAUCUCGCAGGGAUAUCAUGCCAUCUAGGAGAGAUGAUUAUAUUCCAAGAGAUGAUUACUACAGCAGCAGAGACGGUUACUCUGUCAGAGACUAUCCAAGCUCCAGGGACACCAGGGAUUAUGGUCCACCUCCAAGAGAUUCCUACAGUUCUCGUGAAUAUUCUCACUAUGGUGGACGUGAUGAAUAUGGAUCACGGGGAUAUAGUGAUCGUGAUGGAUAUGGUGGGGGGCGGGAUGCUCGAGACUAUUCUGGAGAUCGUCCAAGUGGUGGAUCCUACAGAGAAUCGUAUGACGGCUAUGGUAAUUCACGUGGUGCUCCACCUGCACGAGGGCCACCACCAUCUUACGGUGGAAAUGGUCGUUAUGAUGACUACAGUACCAGCUCUCGUGAUGGAUAUAGUGGAAGCCGCGAUACCUACUCCAGCAGAAGCGAUACUUACUCUAGUAGCCGCAGUGAUCGUAUUGGCAGACAGGAUAGAGGGCCAGCUCUUCAGAUGGAUAGAGGCUAUCCUCCACGAGAUUCAUACAACAACUCCAGCCGUGGGGGUACUCGUGGAUCAGGGCGUGGAGGAAACCGCUCUGACAGGGGCAGUGGCCGAAGCAGAUACUAAAGCUGAACUUGAUAUAAACUUGGACCAAAACACCCUUGCUCUUAGUGCUGUUUUACCCUACUGAAAUUACAACAAACUAACUGAGGUGAAAGGACUGCCAAGUACUUGUCAUUGCAAGAGGACAACAAAGUUUUUGGUUUGCUGUUUUAUUGUUAGAGGUUUUGGGUUUGUUUUUUUUAAAAAAAACUCCAUUUGUACAUUCUAAUGGGAAUGGUGCAGAGACUGGUAAAUGUUUAAAAGUUAAUGUUGGUAUAACAGUGCUACUGUCUGUGGCUUUUUUUCCAUAUGUACAUAUGGAUACAUAGAGCUAGAUUUUACUUUGUUGCACCAGUGCUAUUGUGAAAUAAAGACUUAAAACGUUUUCAGUGAAAA